ACACACACCGACAUACACACCGGCAUUGCACGACUGCCAGUCUGUGUAGGCUGUAGCUUGCUUUGUGGCCAGUCACUCUGCUCUAACUGUGUGCGUGUCCGUGUGUGUAUAUAUGUGUGUGCGUGUGAGGUCGUGUCACCACCUCCAUCCCUCCUUUUCGGCUUGCUGGUAGCAACCUUCAUCUUCACUGCUGCCACUCCUGCUGUCCACCACCAUUACCACCACUGUGACCAGAGGGGAGUAUAGGCGUAGGCUAUCCUUCUGUUCUUCUCCCUAAACAUGUUUCGAAACCCAUGGAUCUCUAGUUACCAUGUGAACCAUGUGCAGCCCUGUGGCACAGGAUUUGGAUCUAAAGCGUCUACCAAACUUUGUACCUCCACCUCGCUGCCAACAGACACCUUAAGUUUUCAGAGUGACUUCUCCUUGAAUGACAAGACCGCUUUGGUCAAGAGUGUUUCAGAUACAGAUGCCAAACUUCUGGUUGUCCUUCCCAAAGUUUCAGAGUUGAAGAAAUAUUUUGAGGGAGCUGUCACAAAGGAUUUGGGAAUGAACAGGAAGGAGAGGAUAGCCCGGCGCCUGGAGGGCAUUGAAAGUGAUGCACCACCUGCACUGGUGCCUGGUGGAUUGGUUGCCAACAGGAUGCUUGAGGAGGAUCCCCCACGAUACACCCGCGCCUCAGACCCCUGUGAGCCUUGCGUGAUGGUGAAACGCUACAGCCGAGAGGAGACGGUGGCUCCACAGAAGCAGGUGUCAUCUCCUGACAGGUCACCUCAGGUCAAAGGUGGUGCUGGCAGCAGCCGCCCAGAGCCAGUGUUGGUUUAUGUUGACCCAGUAACACUAUCCACCUCUUCUACACCCACAUCUGGCCCCACAGAAUCCACCAACCUCAGUUCUAAGGCUGAGCGCAUCGCCCGCUACAAAGCUGAGCGCCGUCGCCAGCUCUCAGAGCGUUAUGGCAUCCUCCUGGAUCAGGAAGCGGACAGCGAUUAUAUACCACGCUACCGUUCCAGGCGUGAUCCAGACUCCGCUGACAGACAAACUACUGCCAGGCGAGACAGAGACAGACCAGAAGUAGAGCCAGAAGGACGCGACCCUAGGGUGCCGUACCGCUCUGGAGUGGGCAGGGUUUCCAUGAGGACUCACCCAGAUCCUGCGCCUGUUAGCACAUCGAGCCCCUCCGAGUCAAACCAAGCCCCUCCCCCCUCUCAAGAAAGACCAAGCCGAUUUUCAGAACGAGAAAGGGUGAUGAAUAUGGAGAACUAUCGGCGUGGUGGAGCUCAGGAGCGCUCAGUCUCUUCUAGAACAAGGACUCAGGAGCAGCAUCCAGCCCAGCCCCAACAACAACAGCAACCCCACCAGCAAGAUGCUGCCCAGCAGGAGCCAAGUCCAGCCGCCACCCGGGACUACAGCAUUGCAGCAGUGCCCAGCUCCCCUCGCACUGCCCGACGGGCAUCCCUGCCCUCCACUCGCUACGGCAUCUCACCUGGGGAUUUAUUCAUUGAGCAGCAGGCCCAGAGCAUCCUCAACAGGCAGGGUGAGACUACUAAAGUAGAACUCUCAGCUGUGGAAGUAGAUCCAUCUAGCAGCAGUGAUCGGGACAGGGGUGUUCGCAGACCUCGGCGCUACAUCACUCCAGGAGACAGUCGAAUGUCGGAGAGGUUUAGGACCCAGCCCAUCACAUCUGCAGAGCGUUUGGAGUCUGAUAGGUCUCGUCUGAGCCCUUCACAACUACAGGAUGCUGAAGAUGAAGAAAAAUUGGAUGAGAGAGCCAAGAUGAGUGUGGCUGCAAAGAGGUCUCUCUUCAGGGAACUUGAAAAAACAUUGGAGGGUGGUGUUCCCAAACCACGCUCACGAAAUGCCGCUGUAGAAAGACGUCUGAGAAGAGUUCAGGACCGCUCACACACACAGCCUGUCACCAACAAGGAGGUGGUCAAUGCUUCAAGUGAUCCUGCCACAUCUUCACAACCUCCGGUUUUCCACAGUAAUCUAGAUAAUGUGUCCGGAUCCAGAGUAGGCACCACCAGUGUGACUAGCAUCAGCAUUCAGGGUUCCUCUCAGCCAGGCUCAACAGUCCAGGAGCAGGACAAGGAAAGCCAGGAGCACCAGAAACCAGCUCAGGCUUCCACUGGAGGGGUGGAGGUAAAUGGCCAGGAAGGUGUCCCAGAGGAGCCAGACCUUUCCACGCUCAGUUUGUCUGAGAAAAUGGCCCUGUUCAACCGCCUCGCCCAUUCUACAGGCAAGACUGGUGAGGGGACUCGAGGGGACACCCGCCAGCGCAGAGCUAAUGCUCGUUUUCAGACUCAACCCAUCACCCAGGGAGAGGUGAAGAAGGAAGAUGAGCUGGCAGUAACCUCUGCGGUGUGCAAUGGUGACUUAGAGACCAGUCAGGAGGAACAUCUGAAAAAUAGUGGCGAGAUCAAACUGGAGCCCCUGUCAGCCUCCCUGGUUCGAUCGGUGGCAGCUGUCACCUCCCAGGCCUCCGUCGCCAUGGUAACCAAGGCGUCAGGCAGCAGUGCCGGUGAUGAUGAUGGUCUCCGUUUAGAGAAGUCCACUGCCGUCACCUACAUCCCUGCCCAACAACAGGCUUCCAGUAGCACCAGCAUUCACCAGGAGAGGGCGCCGAAGUACUUUUCCAUGACCCAGAGUGGGGACCCAGGCCACCCAGAGUCUGAGCUCAACUCCUCCCCUCAUCCCUUCCCUGAGAGCCGGGAGAAAUUUGGGGCCCCUCCUGCUCCCACCUCCUCAACUGAUCACAGGCAGGAGGAGGAGAGCCGGAGAGCACCGAAAGAGGAGGAGGUGAGGCAAAGACAGCAGGGAGGAGCCAGAGAAGCCGGCCAAGGCAGCAGCAUUAAGGGUAAGCGGCACUCCCCCGACAGGGACAGAGGCGACAGGCAGCAGCAUCCCCGGCUUCAGCACUUUGCCGAGCCCUCUUUGUGGGGGGGCGAGUCAGAGUCUCUGCCCAGCUGGAGAGCCGCAGACGGAGACUCCCACAAGGACAGAGACAGAGCGGAGGGAGGAGGACGAGGAAAAGGAGGCUACCUGAGGGAGGCUGCAGCAGCUCACAGUUCCUCCACACAUGAGCAGGAGAGAGGCAGUGGCCCGGUCUCAGAUGUGCCGGAUCAUCACGCGCCACUGAGGCCGCUGAUAGCUAAAGUGUCAUCCAGGACUGUGUCUCACGUUUCAAGCAGCCAGCAGCAGCAGAAGACCAUCAUUCAGCCUCCCCAGACCCUCCCUAAACCUUUCACACAGCAGCCUCCUCCAAACCAACCCAAACCUCCAUCAUACAUCGAGCCCCAGCCAUACUCCCAGGCCCCACCAACAUAUCCCAAACCUUUCAAUCACUCGCCACAAACCCAGCCCAAACCUCAGGGAUUCGUCCAACCUCUCCCUAAGCCUUACCAGCAGACAGCACCGCAUACUCAGCUCAAACCCCAGGUGCCUCCGCAGACCCCCCCCAAACCUCAGUCCUUGCCCCAGGCGCUCGUCAAGUCCCAGUCCCUGCCCCUGGAACACAUCGAGGACUUGGGCAGACACAGUGAUCAUUCUGGGGACCUGCUGUCCCCCACAGAGUCCGGAGACCAGCUGUCUGACAGCAUGUCCAGCAAACAGAUGUCCAUAAAGGAGAGAGUGGCACUGCUGAAGAAGAGUGGUGAGGAGGACUGGAGGAACAGGAUCAAUAAGAAACAGGAAGUGGUUAAAGUGGCAUCCACUGAGCAGCCGGCUCAGCCAUGGGAAACGGAUCAGACCGGCCAGAAGAAGGAGGAAGGGGUGGUUGUUCAGGACUCCUCCUCUCUGUCUGUGUCUGAACAGCUGUGGAAGACGGGGGAGGAAAUUGAAGCCCAGAUGACCAUUGAGGAGAGGAAGCAGAUGAUUUCAACUCGUGAGGAUGCUUGGAAGGCAAAGGGCAAAGGAGCAGCUAAUGACUCCACCCAGUACACAGUGGCUGCACGUAUGGUCAAGAAAGGCCUGGCAGCCUCCUCCUCCGUUAUCAGCCCAAUACUGUCGCCUGUCUCCACCAAGCUGAAGAGCAGCACACCAGCUGUCAACAAACCACAAGAGGAAAUUGAGGCGAGGCCGGACAUGGAGUCAGAUAAGAAGCUUGACAAGUUGGAGAGCUUCUUGGGGCGCUUGAAUAGCAAAGUGGCAGGUUUGCAGGAAACCACUAUAACAGUGACUGAGAAGGCCGUGAAGGAAGUGAUGAAGCUGGAUGAUGAGAUCUUUUCUAAGUUUUACAGGCGUGUCGCUGAAUUUCCACGCAUGCCCACCAGGAUUGACAUCAGCGAGGAUUUUGACAGCAUAUUUGGCUCCCAGGCUCCCAAGCUGACUUCAGCCAUGGUGCAGCACAAGCGCUCAGUUCGUCCUUCUAGAAAUGUUCAGUCAUCUAAAAACCCUCUGAAGACGCUGGCAGCUCGAGAGGACAUCCGACAUGAGUACACAGAGCAGAGACUUAACGUGGCACAGUUGGAAAGCAAGAGAAUGAAAUCCGAGAAGACGCAGAUGAAUAAAACCUCAGAAUACUCCGAUGCUGCUCUGGCAGGUCUGGCCAGUAAAGAAAACUUCAGCAAUGUGAGCCUGCGCAGUGUCAACGUCUCAGAGCAGAUGUCUAACAACAGCGCUGUGCCGUACAAGAACAUCAUGCUGAUGCAGGUCAAAGGUCGUCGUCAUGUUCAGACCAGACUAGUGGAGCCCAGAGCGUCGUCUCUGAACAGCGGGGAUUGUUUCCUGUUGGUCACUCCAGAGCACUGCUUUGUUUGGAUGGGAGAGUUCUCAAACGUUAUUGAGAAGGCGAAGGCAAACGAUUUGGCCACGUUCAUCCAGACAAAUAAGGACAUGGGCUGCAGGGCGAACCAGGUGCAGGCCAUCGAAGAAGGGGUGAACCCACAGAGUCCAGAUACUCAGGAGUUCUGGACAGUCCUCGGUGGACAGAUGGCAUAUCAGUCGGCGGGUCCACCAGAGGAGGACGAGCAGUUUGAGAAUGCCAUCGUGGAAACCAACUGUAUUUUCAGACUGCAGGAUGAUAAGCUGGUUCCUGAUGAUGAUGAGUGGGGGAAGGUCCCAUGCAGCUCCCUCCUGACAUCCAAGGAGGUUUUGGUGUUUGAUUUUGGCAGUGAGGUGUAUGUGUGGCACGGUAAAGAGGUGACUCUGGCCCAAAGGAAGGUGGCCUUCCAGCUGGCUAAACACCUGUGGAACGGGACGUUUGACUACACGUGCUGUGACGUGAACCCUCUGGACCCCGGAGGCUGCAACAAACUCAUACCCAGGAAGGGCCAGGGCCGUCCUGACUGGGCAAUAUUCGGCAGGCUGACAGAGCACAAUGAGACAAUCUUAUUCAAGGAGAAGUUCAUGGAUUGGACUGACGUAAAGUCCCCAACGCCAAAGGAAGGCUGCGAGCUUGUACCUGAGCAGAAGGAGGCUCCAAGGCGAGAGUGCCGGCCUUACGAUGCCGCCCUGAUGCUGCCUGUCCUUCAGUCAUCAGUUUCCAUGAUUUUGGAUGGGGUUAAUGUCGGGCGUGGCCACGGUCGAGUGGAAUCAGAGGACUCCAUGAGGACUCAGGAGAUCGUCACAGUUUCUGUGGACGUUUGGCACAUCCUGGAGUUUGAUUACAGCCGUCUGCCACGCCAGAGCAUAGGCCAGUUCCACGAGGGGGACGCAUAUGUGGUCAAGUGGAAGUACAUGGUCAGCACCUCAGUUGGUCGCAGGCAGAACCCAGAGGCAAGGAGCAGUGGGCCCGGGAAGGAGAAAUGCUGCUACUUCUUCUGGCAGGGGCGACACUCCACUGUCAGCGAGAAGGGGACGUCAGCACUGAUGACGGUGGAGCUGGAUGAGGAGAGAGGGGCACAGAUGCAGGUGCAGCAAGGAAAGGAGCCGGCAUGUUUCCUGCAGUGCUUCAAUGGAGGAAUGAUCGUCCAUGCUGGCAAAAGGGAGGAGGAGGAGGAGAACACUCAAAGUGAGUGGCGUCUUUACUGUGUGCGUGGUGAAGUGCCGGUGGAGGGCCACCUGCUGGAGGUGGCUUGUCACUGCAGCAGCCUUCGCUCUAGAGCCUCCAUGAUCCUGCUCAACAUCAACAAGGCCAUCAUCUACCUGUGGCACGGCUGCAAAACGCAGCUGCACACCCGCAGUGUUGGAAACACGGCCGCUCUUAAGAUAAAGGAGCAAUGUCCUCUGGAAGCAGGUCUCCACAGCAGCAGCAAAGUGACCAUCCAUGAGUGCGAUGAGGGGGUGGAGCCUCCAGGCUUCUGGGAGGCUCUGGGGAGAAAAGACAGGAAAGCCUAUGACUGCAUGCUUCAAGAUCCGGGAAAAUUCAAUUUCACCCCACGGCUCUUCCAGCUGAGCAGCACAUCUGGAGAUUUUGUAGCAAAUGAGUUUUUCCACCCGUCCAGAGCUCCAGACCUGGUCAGCUCACUGCCCUUCCUGCAGGAAGAUCUGUACAAUGCACCUCAACCUGCUUUGUUCCUGGUGGAUAACUUCCACGAGGUUUACCUGUGGCAGGGCUGGUGGCCUCAGGACAGCGAGAGAACUGGCUCUGCUCAUAUCCGCUGGGAUGCAGACAGGAAGUGUGCGAUGGAGACUGUGCUGCAGUACUGCAAACAGAGGAAUGAGAAGAAGCCUCAGAAGUCAUACCUGAUCCACGCCGGCCUGGAGCCGCUCACCUUCACCAACAUGUUUCCCAGCUGGGAGCACAGAGAGGACGUGGCUGAGAUUACAGAGAAAGAGGCGGAGGUGUGUAACCAGAUCAUCCUGGUGGAGGACGUGUUGGCCCGGCUCUGUCAGAACACCUUCCCUCUGGCUCAGCUGCAGGCCCGGCCGCUGCCAGAGGGAGUUGACCCACUCUGCCUGGAGCUAUACCUGUCUGACCAGGACUUUGAGAAAGCUUUGGAGGUGAAGAGAGAGGAAUAUGAACGUCUGCCAGGGUGGAAGCAAGUCAACUUAAAGAAGGCCAAAGGACUGUUUUAAUCGUGUUUUUAACAGGAGUUGGUACGUGAAGAGGUACAAGAGAGGAAAGUCGAGAGGGAGAUGCGAGAAGAAGCCGCAGAGAGAUGAACCUGCUUUUGAUCUGAUACGAGGAGAAUGAAACUGGAGAUGCACUCGCCUCGCUUAUAGUGAUGUUUUACUUCUCAACUUUGUCGUUACUUAACAAAAUGAAAUUCAAGCGGUAUAACAAGCAGGUUAAAAAAAAAGACACCUGGCUUUGUUGCAUACAUGGCUUUUGUGUGUGUCAUAGCACUAAAAUCACCGCUUAUGGACUCGUCAAAGAAAAAGACUUGGACGCUUGUUGUCAGAGUGCCAUGCUGUGGUUGUGUAUGUGUGCGACUGUAUAUAAUGUUUGUGUGCAACGUUAAUUUGUGUAAAACUGUGUGUAGGUGCGCCUGUGACUUUGUAUCUAUGUAAAAACGAGUCCUGUCGUGUCAGAUGUUGUAAGGAAAGUCGUCACUUCUUCUGUCCACACUGUCUGGAUGCUGCCAGGCCUCAUAGGUAACUCAUAUUGCUCAAAACUGCUGAAGUGACCCUGGCUUAUUGGGCGCCUGAGAGUUUCAUUAGGAGAGAAACAGCAGCUUGAAGAAUCUGAUUGUAUAGUGCCUUGCUUUUUGUGUACAGUUUAUAUACAGAAAUUCUAGUCUGCAUUUUUAAAGACUUUCUUUGUGAUAUAAGACAUAGUGAAUUAAAUCACAAUAAUGCUCAA